AUGUCAUCCCCACAAUCCUCGCAAAUGAAACGUAAACAGCAGUCUAUAUCUAGCUUUUUUCCCAAGAAGCCUGCGGCUUCCAAUGGCUCCUCAGCCACUGCUAAUGAAGAGAAAGAUAUCCUUUCGAGCUCAGCGGUUGGAAUCUCCAGGGAGGUAUACAGGGAUGUGCAGAAUGAGGUGGUAAACGGUAAUCCUGUGGGUGUUGGUAAUGGGACAGACAUUUGUGCUGAAGAGGAGGAUGAUGAUGAGAUUGUGCUUCCAUCCAGGAAACGCGUCAGGAGUAAGAGCGAUGUUUCUGCCAUCCAAAAGGGAACACGGAGUGGUGAACCUGCAAGACAUGGACCCAAGGAUAUAGAGAUGGUGGAUGAUAUUGAAGGGAUGAUGAAGAGGUCUAUGAAAUCUGGGACUUCGCGAACUGAGAAAUUUAGGUUUAAUAGCUCCUCUGUACGACCGUCUAGCGAACCAAGGGGGGAUGUAGGUGGAGACGCCGUUGCAGAAUCUGAGGAUGAUGAAAUAGAACGAAUGAGGAAGCAGGCCUUGCAUCAGAAAUUUGUGAAGAAGUUGGGAGGACCCGAUUGUCUUCCGUCAUUGGCGACCCUGGGAGAGGUUGUGGAGGGCGCUGAAAGUGAUACGGAUGCUGAUGAAGAUGUUCCCCCACUUUCACGGAAAGGGAAAGGGGCGAAGAAGAAUCCCGCGACCAAGUUGACACCGAUGGAGAGACAAAUCAUCGAAAUUAAGAAGAAGCAUAUGGAUACCGUUCUUGUCGUGGAAGUUGGGUAUAAGUUUCGUUUUUUUGGUGAGGACGCACGCGUGGCAGCGAAAGAGUUAAGCAUCGUGUGCAUACCUGGGAAGUUCAGGUUUGAUGACCACCCGUCCGAAGCUCACUUGACUCGCUUUGCCUCUGCGAGUAUUCCCGUGCAUAGAUUACAUGUCCAUGUUAAACGGCUGGUAGCAGCAGGCUACAAAGUUGGUGUGGUUAGGCAGCUUGAAACUGCCGCCCUGAAAGCUGCUGGUGACAACAGAAAUGCUCCUUUUGUUCGCAAACUUACGAACCUGUAUACGAAGGGGACCUACAUCGAUGAUAUUGAGGACCUAGAAGGUCUUGGGUGUAACUCGAGUAGUGUUUCUACCUCCACAGGCUACUUGUUAUGUAUGACUGAGAGCAACGCGAAAGGCUGGGGCAAUGACGAGAAAGUCCACGUCGGAAUCGUAGCGGUCCAACCAGCCACUGGAGAUGUUAUCUACGACGAUUUUGAAGAUGGAUUCAUGAGGAGCGAAAUCGAAACGAGACUGUUGCACAUUGCACCGUGUGAAUUUCUAAUUGUGGGAGAGAUGUCGAAGGCUACAGAAAAGCUGGUGCAGCAUUUAUCAGGCAGUAAAACAAAUAUUUUCGGCGAUAAAAUGAGAGUUGAGAGGGUUUCAAAACUGAAAAAUGCUGCUGUUGAAUCUCACAGUCACGUCGCAAGCUUCUAUGCCGGUCGGAUGAAAGUCCGAGGGACUGACAGGGAUGUUACAGCAACUCAUCUGCUAGAGAAAAUCCUGAGGCUGCCGGAGGAUGUCACUAUUUGCCUUUCAUCUAUGAUUAUUUACAUGUCUGAAUAUGGUUUGGAGCAUGUAUUCGACCUGACCAAGUAUUUUCAACCGUUUUCUGCCCGGUCACAUAUGCUGUUAAAUGGCAAUACCUUGACGAACUUGGAAAUAUAUCAGAACCAGACAGACCAUACGUCAAAGGGAAGCCUAUUUUGGACCUUGGAUCGGACGAAAACAAAAUUUGGACAACGCUUACUCCGUAAAUGGGUUGGAAGGCCUUUGCUCAACAAAAACGAACUUGAAGAGCGCAUUGCUGCUAUCGAAGAGUUGCGAGAUACAGCCAGUACAGUGUCAACUGAGCGGCUAAAAAGCCUCCUAUCGAAGGUAAAGGCUGACUUGGAGAAGAGUUUGAUACGGAUAUACUAUGGAAGGUGCACACGGCCUGAACUCCUCACUGUUUUGCAAACAAUGCAGUUGAUCUCGGACGAAUUUUUUCAUCUCAAAUCUCCUGCUGAUUUGGGUUUCUCGUCCUCAACGAUCAAUGCAGUUAUUGCAGCAUUGCCUGCUAUACGUGAGGAUGUCGUGACAUACCUCAACAAGAUAAAUGCCCAUGCCGCCAAACAGGACGACAAGUAUAAUUUUUUUCGAGAAUCUGAAGAGACGGAAGAAAUUAUAGAAUCCAAUCUUGGAAUUGCAGACGUGGAGCAUAGACUCAAGGAACACUGUGCUGUUGCUGCGGAGAUCCUGGGAAAGAAAAAGGUGCAGUACGCCACAGUAGCAGGAAUCGAAUAUUUGAUCGAGGUGGAGAACAGCCCCUAUAAUCUUAAAAAGGUACCGGCCUCCUGGCGUAAAAUCAGUGGCACCAAGAAGGUAUCCCGCUUCCACACCCCAGAAGUAGUCCAGUAUAUCCGAGAACGUGAGCAGUUCAAGGAAGCCUUGGCCGCAGCAUGCGAUAAGGCAUUUCUCGCACUCCUUGCCGACAUCUCCAAAAAGUACCAGGAGUUCCGCGAUUGUAUUCAGGCGCUCGCGACGCUUGACUGCCUUCUCUCGCUGGCCAAUGUCGCGAGCCAGCCUGGUUAUGUCAAACCCACAUACACAGACGAGACUUGCAUCAGCAUCCAACGGGGACGCCAUCCCAUGGUCGAACAGGUUCUGUUAGACAGCUUCGUGCCCAACGAUACAGAACUGCAAACUAACGAGACCCGCGCCCUUCUCGUCACGGGUCCCAACAUGGGAGGAAAAUCAAGCUACGUGCGACAGGUAGCUCUGAUCACUAUCAUGGGGCAAAUUGGCUCGUACGUGCCCGCUGACUCUGCCACACUCGGCAUGCUUGAUGCCGUCUACACUCGCAUGGGCGCAUUCGAUAACAUGUUAGCAGGAGAAUCGACAUUUAUGGUCGAACUGUCUGAGACGGCAUAUAUUCUCAAGCAAGCAACACCACGCUCACUCGUUAUCCUUGACGAACUGGGUCGUGGCACAUCAACACAUGACGGUGUUGCUAUUGCGCAGGCCGUGCUGGAUUACAUGGUGCGCGAUCUACGAAGUCUCACUUUGUUCAUCACCCAUUAUCAGAGUCUGAGUAGCCAAGCGCUCAAUUUUCCAGAGGGAGAAUUGCGGAAUGUGCAUAUGAAGUUCAUGGAGUCUGGUGUGGAUGGGAGGGAUGUUACGUUCCUUUACGUGGUUGGUGAGGGUGUGGCGCAUCGCUCGUAUGGGCUAAAUGUAGCUAGGUUAGCUAAUGUGCCGUCCUCAGUGCUAGAUGUGGCAGCGACGAAAUCUGCGGAAUUAGAGGAGAAAAUUAAGAAGAAGAAAGUGUUGGGACUGGCUAAAGUGGUUAAGGGGCUGAUCGGUGCGGCUGGUGCGGGGACUGGCUCCGUUGAUUCUGCCCUUUUGGAAGGAAUAUUGGUUGCCCUGGAGCAGUUGUGA